GGUAGUAAAUGCUUCUCCUAACAAUCACACGGAUCGAAGUAGACAGAACCACCAUGUAUAAAUAAAACCCCAACCCCAAUUCCCAUCUCACUUGUCUCAUCAUCAUAUCAUUUCUCUUCUUCUAGUUUCAGAGCUCACAAAUUUCAGAAAAAUCAAAGUAGAUUGAAAAUGUCGGGUCGUGGAAAGGGAGGCAAGGGAUUGGGCAAAGGAGGAGCCAAGAGGCACAGAAAGGUGCUUAGAGAUAACAUCCAGGGCAUCACAAAGCCAGCAAUUCGUCGAUUGGCACGUAGGGGUGGUGUGAAGCGUAUAUCAGGUCUGAUUUACGAGGAGACACGUGGAGUCCUCAAGAUCUUUCUAGAGAAUGUGAUUCGUGAUGCAGUUACAUACACUGAGCACGCUAGAAGAAAGACUGUUACUGCUAUGGAUGUUGUUUAUGCUCUUAAGAGACAGGGCAGGACUCUCUAUGGUUUUGGUGGUUAAGUGUUUGCUCUGCAAAAGUCUUGCUGUCAAGAAUUUAAGUAUUACUAUAAUGGUGUCAAGGAGUUGUUUUGUGGGUUGGUGUAAUUAGGGUCAUUUAGUAGUAGUUGUUUCGUAAGAUAAACAUUUCUCAGUUUAUCUAGAACUAGAAUAUGCUCAACUGAAAAUUUAUUUCGACAGAAGGAUUCAAGUUUUAAUUCUAUAUUAGUAACUACGUGGGUAACUAUUUACACUUCUUUUAGUAUUAUGACCAUAUGUUCCAAUAUGUUUGGAUGGAGGUGCUAAGAGGUGCAUCUUAAUUUUAUGUGAAUCCUUGUGUAUUUCCCUCUAA